CAUCUUGCUUUUUGUGUUUGUCCUGGACUGGACUCACUGUAACCAAACACAGAAUAGUAAAAAAGAUUAGUCUCUCUCUCUUCUGUAUAGGUCUAGAGAGAGAGAGAGAGAGAGAGAGAGAGAGGGAUGGGGGAGGGGGCAGUGAUGGAGAAGGAAGAGGAAAUAUGGAAUCAGAAGAAGCAAACCCUAAUUGAAGAAGUGUCAGAGAAGCUCAUCAAUGGCGAUCUGGAUGUGAAGAUUCAAGCCGCCAGAGAUAUCAGGAAGCUUGUGAGAAAGUCCUCCGUCAAGACUCGUUCCAAAUUCGCCGCCGCCGGAGUCAUACAACCUCUCGUCUUUAUGCUCUUCUCUCCCAAUCUCGACGCUCGUCAAGCUUCCCUCCUUGCCCUCCUCAAUCUCGCCGCCCGAAACGAACGAAACAAGGUCAGGAUAGUGACAUGUGGUGCUAUCCCCCCUCUUGUUGAGCUCCUCAAGCUCCAGAACAGCAGUUUAAGAGAACUAGCAACCGCCGCAAUUUUGUCACUCUCAGCUGCCACGCCCAACAAGCCAACAAUAGUAGCUUCCGGAGCCGCCCCUCUUCUCGUUCAGAUCCUUAGCUCGGGAAGUGUUCAAGGAAGAGUUGAUGCUGUCACUGCCCUUUACAAUCUGUCCACAGAUUCUGAGAACCCCAGUCUCGUCCUCGACGCUACAGCAGUCUCCCCUCUCAUCAACCUUCUCAAAGAAUGCAAGAAAUAUUCCAAGUUUGCCGAGAAAACUACGGUCCUACUUGAAAUACUUUCCAAAACCAAAGAAGGUCGGUUGGCAAUUUCAAGUUCAGAAGGUGGGAUUUUAACCUUGGUCGAAACAGUCGAAGAUGGAUCUCUUGCGAGCACCGAACAUGCAGUCGGAGCUUUACUCACUUUAUGCCAAAGUUGCCGAGACAAAUAUCGGGAACUCAUUCUCAAAGAAGGUGCAAUACCGGGCCUUUUGCGAUUAACCGUUGAGGGUACACCAGAAGCUCAGGAGAGAGCUCGGACGCUUUUGGACUUACUUAGGGACUCUCCUCCGGAAAAGAUAUUGGCUUCCUCGGUUUUGGAGAGAAUUGUUUUUGACAUUGCCACACGGGUAGACGGAGCGGAGAAAGCUGCCGAAACCGCCAAGAGGUUGCUUCAAGACAUGGUUCAGAGAAGUAUGGAGCUUAGCAUGAGCCGGAUCCAACUAAGGGCUGGAUCGUGUGCACCGUCAGAUAUUCCAUCCACAUGAGAGGUAACGUUCUUUGAAUCAGCUAUAAAUGUGGAAGAUGGUGGAUGAGGAGGUUUAAUCUAAACCUUAACCGUCGUGUUUCUAUUCGAAAGCUUGGGGAUGCAUAGAGUUAAUACUGAAGUGGAUGCUAAUGCUGGUUACUUCUUGGCUCUUGUGAGGUGAUUUUCUCGACCUCAUUGGGCUCUGUAUAUCUUGAAUUUUAACAGUGAAAUGUGUAAGAAGUUGUGGUAAACAUGUACAACUUUUUCUGAUUGUAGUUGUAGGAGAUGCAUCACAACUAAUCGAGUUUUGUGAUGAUAUGGUUAGUAAAACUGUUGAAGGAUUCACUCAGCAUUGCUAAGUUUUAUUGACCGGUGUUCUAGCUUCUCUGUUUGGCUGGCUAGAAAAUCCAUUCCCUAA